CCCAAACCCUUCUCGCACCUAAGGCAAUACAGGAAAAUCAAGUUUCAGGCGCAAUGACCUUCAAAGAUACUAAGAUAAUCACCGUUUUCGGGGCCACUGGCCGGCAGGGCAGCUCCGUCGUUCGCUCUCUGGUGCAGAAUCCACAGUUUCAGGUUCGAGCGAUCACUCGAAACCCCGCCAGCACAAAGGCUAAAGAGCUCGUCGCUCUGGGCGCCGAGGUCGUGCAAGCCGAUGGGUUCAACCGCGAGCAACUCGCGGUAGCCUUCGCAGGCAGUUGGGGCGCCUUCGUGAACACCAACUCGGAAGAUCCGGAACUCGCUGCGCAGGGUUUGACGGAUGAGGACUUGGGCGGCGCAGUCAUUGAAAGCGCCGCUCAAGCUGGAGUUAAGCACCUCGUGUACAGCUCUGGCCUCCCGGUAGCAGAACUCACCCACGGCGCCGUCGCCUGCCCGGGACUGGACCUGAAAGUCCAGGUGGAGCGCAAGGCCUACUCGCUGACCGGCUUCCGCACGGUGACGCCCAUCGUGGCGGCUUGGUUCAUGGAAAAUUGGCUGGAGCCCGGCUACGCAGAUCUUUUCGGGGGCUUUCCACACUUCCCAGACAGUGAGGGCUAUCUCACCUACAAGACCCCCUUCUGGGGCGGUCGUGAGAACUUCCCCUGGAUCAGUAUGACGGAUGACUUUGGGGACCUGGUCCACGGAAUCCUGCUGCGGCCAGACCGAUGGAAUCGGCGCUUAAUACAGGGGACGAGCGAUAUUGUCUCCUCGGCGGAACUGGUGAAUACCUUUGUCUCCGUCACGGGUCGCCGGGCACGAUAUGUCCUCCUCACGGAUCCCUUCGAGAUGAACACUAAGGGGGAAUAUUGGCGGGAGCAAGAGCGAGAUGUCUUUAUCUUCGCUCAGCAUCGGGACGGAGAGUACUUUUGCAAUGGGCCUACAGAGAUCGAAACCGCUGCGGCGCUGAAGAAGGCUGCCUACAUAGCCAAGGGAAAUCAAGGCCGAGAGACUCUGAUGACAGCGCGGGAGUUCAUCGCGCGGGAAUUCCGUGGUGGCCGUGGGAAGGGAUUGUAGCACCGGCUACUAUAGAGGAAGAGUAGAUCGAACUAGGACAGAGAAUGAAAGGCGAGG